AUGAGAGAACAAAAUGGGUUUGUGACAUUGUCUCGUACUUAUUUGCCAGAUGACCAGAAAGCAGAAAGACUGUCUUUAGUGUUUUCUAACUUGGAUUAUUCCUCCUGCCUAAUCAAGAAAUUUGUACGAGAAAUAGGAAGGAUCAUUAUGGAUUCUAAAAACCUGCCGUCAAAAUUUUGUUACUUCAGGUCCGAAUUGAGAAUGCAUCCUCCAGAGACUCCGUUGCAUGUCACACAAGAAGCUGUUAGGAUGUUAGAGGCUUACCUGAACAUAAGCUCUCUUAGAAGGCAAAAAAAUACUGAAUCUGACAGAGGAUCAAAUGUUUACCAUGAUGACAUAAGCGUACUGCCCCAUAAAGAUUACAUAAAACAUAAUGAACUGUUAGGGGCUGAUCAAUCACCAUCAAUGAAUGGAUCAUUUGCACAGAAAACAAAAAUAAAUGGAUUUUUUCCUCGUUUUGACAAUGUUGAUGGUCUUAGUGCUAAAUCUCGACAGUUUGAUUCACUAUAUAAAUCAGUUAGCAUAGAACCAGUCAGUCCACCAGUGUUUGAAAUACCAAUUCAAAUACCUGAUAUAAAAACUGGCAGUUCAUUGUCCAAGAGGUUUGUAAUGAAAGACGAUUCUGUAUCUUCAUCGAUCAUGCGCUAUCAUAGUGUAUGCAGUGGAAGUGCAGAAAAAACUCACACCAUACCUGAAAUAGAGGAAUGGUCAGCAAUCGAAGUUAACUCUCAUCAUAAUGAAUAUACUCGACGUUCCAGUGUUAAGUCAGCCCCUGAAGAUGUACAACACUGUUUGCGCAUAAUACCUAAACGAAGUGCUACCAAAAAAUGGUUUAAAUUCCGGCUUCCCAAAAGCGGUUUUAACUUAAAGUCUCACAUUGGAAAUAAAUUAUCUACAGCUAAAGAGGAAAUAUUCGAAUUAAACAGUGAAUUUAUGGGAACUAGUUCUCACGAAAAAGCAUCAACUCUAGAAAAAGAAUAUAAUGGCUGUGCUGAAGUCAAUGGUACCCUCUUUCCUCCAAUACCCAACAAAAAGUUGAGUACAAACAUCAUAAACAAACCAAAUGAAAGGCUUCAUCAUCCAACACUUACCAAUGUAUGUGCUCAGUUAUUCCCCCGAUUAUUUCGUCAGAAUGAAUCUUCGUCUAAUUAUUUAUCAAGUGGUUUUUUCCCUAGAAUACAAAGGCUAUCCACAAACACUAUUCGUCGAGUAAAGCGAAAAAAACGCACUGUUAGGAAAUUGGAUAAAAUUUCUACUCAAGCUUCUGUAGAAGAACAAGAAGAAGAGUUUCGCUUAUUACCAUUAUAUACCAAACGGCGUUCAUCAAAAUUCUCUCAUCAUGGGAAUGUUGGGUUAAUUAAAAAUAAAGGGAACUUAUUAGUUAAAGAAGUAGAGUAUAACUUAUUGAACAGAUCAAAUCACUCAUCGGAUAAAGAAUUUUUAGAAAAUGACUCGUUUAAUACCCCAAUAAUGAAUUCCAAAACAUGGCCAAUCGGUUCACCUAGCUCAAAGGUAUCUGGCGAAAUUGCUUGUCUUUAUCGUGGAUUGAUCGAAACAAUAGGAAGCGAUAAAUUGAUUGAAUCUACUUCACAAACAUGGAGUCAUUUCACUCACAGAAAACCUCAGUCUUCAGAUAAAACUAAUGUACCUUCUUUCAAUUUGAAUUCAAUUGUGGUUCAAUGCGAUAAAUCGAAUAAAUCUACAUUUGACUUUACAAUCAAUGAUUUAUCUACAAUGCAGCAUUGUACUAUUGAUCAUACAAAAGUUAUGGAUGAAAUAGUGUCAGGUAGGGAAGCGACUGAUGAAGCACUAAAAAAUACUACCAUCAGUUCUAAACCGAAUCAAGCAAAUAAAUCUUCAACAAAAAAUGAACUAUUUUUCAAUAAAGUAACACAAAAUCUCGAAAACUGUGCGGUGAGGAAUUCUUCAAACAGUUCUGAACUUCAAAAUGAAUUAAAAGUAGAAAACUUCAAUCAUUCAUCAACAAAUGACAAUACACACUAUCCAUAUGCUAAAUACGUUGCAGCUAUGAUUGAUGCUUUGUCUGAACGUCUUAUGGGUAAAAUAUCAGAAGAUGAUUUAGAAUUACGUUUUCAGACUUUAGAAGCAGAAGAAUCUAAAGCGGCCAAACACAAAAAUGCUCAGUUUGUUAAACGUGAACGAUUCUACUCGGUUAGUAAUGGAGCUGAGAAUUUACGUUGUCAGAAUUCCUUAGAAAAUACAACACGGGGUAAUUCAUCAUCAGAUGAAAAUAUAUUCAAUAACAUAACAGAAAGAAAUGAACUAAAGAAUAGACGAUGCCAUUCUGUAACUAAUUUUUUUGCUACGACAAAAUCAUCAGACUUACAUAAUGCAUCAUCAUUAGAAUCAAGCCAAUGUAAUUUGAAAUAUUCUUGUUUAGAACAGGUGAAACGAUUACAACUUCGAAACAAAUUAAUUAUAACAGAGGAUUUAUUAAAUCGUCUUGUGAAUCAUACAAAUUAUCCGAAUUUCGAGGCUGAUAUCCUAGAUUUAUUAGGUCGACAACCGAAUUGGCAUAGAAUCGCUAUUCUUUAUUAUCUUACUAGAUGUUCAGUUAGACAUAUAUUAAAUCUACAUAUAGAAAAGUUGGAAACAAUACAAGAGUCAACUUCAAGUUCAUCAAUGUUACAUCAAUCGAUAAAUAUUAAUGCAGAUAGUGAGGAAGUUGAUGGAAGUUAUUUACAACCAUCAGGAAGUAAAUCACCUCCAAGUAAUUUUUAUCCAUCAAAUUCAACAUAUGAAACAAUAAUUCGUGAUACUGGCCAAUGUCGAGCAAAUAUAGGCCGAAUCAAAGAUUAUACAAUUACUUUUUUUACACGUUGGUAUGCAGAUUGGGUAUAUAAACGUGGUGGUUGGCAAUCUGUAAUCGAGGAAACUGAAGAUUCUGAGCUAGACUGA